CCUUCUCCCCAUGUUUGAGUCCCUGUAUUUUGGGUUUCUGUGUGCCCUACUGUGUCCUUAAAAUUGACAUCUGUAUUUUGCUUUUAAAAUACUGCCUUAGGCAUGCUAUUUGAAUGUGGGUCACUUUGCAAGCCUUUAAAGCUUUCUCUUGGGUUCUCUUGGGUUAAUCUGGAAGGUGGGGCUUAAUGUGGAUUCUCAACUUGGGUGACUGGCAGUGACUCGGGUUUUGCUUAGUCAUCAGGUACUGCUUUAAUGUAAAAUGUUGAAUUUCCUUUGUUCUUUGUCAGUAGGACCCAGGAAGACCUUCAUUUGAAGAAGGCGCAGACAAAAAGGAGGGCUUGCUAUCUCUUUCCAAACCACUCAACUUACACACUCUUAUUUCAGGAGGACUUCCUGCCUGCUGAGUUUCCUUUAAAAAGUUGGCAGCAGUUAAGUAAAAAUGGUUUUUUGCAGGAGCCAACAGAGAGGUCACGAGGACACACUUGUCACACAGAGAGACUCGCUUGAUGACCGGCUGGCUGUUUUAACUUUUGGUUUUAUUUCUUGCUUCUGUUUUAUCGAAUCAUGUUCCGUUUGUAUGAACUUCCAGGGCUUCUGCAUUUGCAAGUUAGAAUUCAAGCCGGGCACAUAGCUCAGUUGGAAGAGUGGUUUCCUGGCAUGUGUGAAGCCCUGGGGGUGAACCCUGGUUUCAUAAAGCGGGCGUGCUGGCACAAGCCUGUAACCUGACACCCAGAGGUGGAGGCAGGAUGACCAGAAAUUCAGGGUUAUCCUGGGCUACAUAUUUGAGGCCAACCUGGGAUACCUGAGACUCUUUUAAAAGUAACAACAACAUACAAAGGUACAAACUAACCAAAACAUCAAGAGUUUAUCCAAGAAAAUGUCAAAAAUAACAUGAAAUCAGGUAUGUACUUCAUAUUUGAUUUCUUUCAUAUUUGUUUUUUCUUCUUUUCACCUUUAUUGCCUUGGAGUUUAGCACCAUCUCUACCCACCCAAAAGAAUAGGUGGGUGUGUAGGGGACAAGCUUAGGGACUGCAGGAAUUCUGAUCCUGCUUCCUGCCCGGGCCUAUGAGCUCUGAAAAGGCGUGCCCCAGGUCAUCUUUCUGUACACCUGUAAGCUUAGGUGUUGGGAGAACUCUGGGAGCUCUGAGCUCUAGCCUCAUGCUUGGCCUUUAGUGUCAGCUUAUUGAUACUACGGUUCUGCUCCUGCCGUGAAGGGUGCGGGAACCCCAGAGUCCCCAUGGUGUCUAUUUCUUGUUUUGACAAGUAACUUGGUUGGGUUUUAAUUCUGUCACACAAAGCACACACAUUGUUUUCAGUCUGUAUAUGGUCUGAUUUAAUCACGUGCAGACGGGGAAGGGGGAUUUUUCCUUAUACCCUCAGUUGAAUGCUGUUCCCUAGAGUCUGAGAUUGGCCCGUGCCUGCAUUUGAUCCUCUGCUUCUGUGUUCACAUUGCCUAGGCACAGUUUCAUUCUCUUAGGUGGCUCCUCUGUCACAGUGGCUUGUGUCCCAUGCCCUCUGCUGUGACUCACUGUUGCAGACCUGACUUUAGCAAACAUCACAGUUCAUCACUGGACUUGGACCGAACCCCUUCAAUUAAGCUGGCAUGUUUUAUUGAAACUGCAGCCUUUUCUCUCUUUAAAGAUGAGUAUUUUCCUUUUAAUUAUUUGUAUGUAUGUGGAUGUGAUACUCUGUGUGAGUAAAGCGCCUGUGGAGGCCAGAAUGGAGCGGCAGAUCCCCUGGGCUUGGAGUUACAGAGGGGUGUUAACUGCUAUGCGGGUGUGGGAAUCAAGCCAGGGUCCUCUGCAAGAGCAGCCAGUGAGCUUAGCUGCUGAGCCUUUCCUCCAGCCUUAGCUUGUUCUUACUAUGAAAUUAAAUCUACUUACAUCUGGAUAUCACAGAAAGAAAUUAAAAAUGAAUACCCAUCCUGACAUCAUCCAGAGAAGCCAGUUAGCUUUUCCUCUCUCUGUCUUUAGUCUUUGACUGUGCCUGAGUGGGAUUUUUAUCUUUACAGAAUUGGAAUCACGCACAACAUUUCUCUUUUACUUUGUUUGUUUGUUUUACUUCUAUUAUUGUUGUUGUUUGGAUUUUAUUUAUUUAUUGACCUAGGGUCUCACUAUGUACGUAGCCCUGGGUUCCCUGGAAUUCUCUAUGUAGACCUUAAACACACAGAGAUCCACGGACCUCAGCCUCCCAAGUACUGAGAUUCAAGGCACACAUCACCAUGCCUGGCUCUUUGACAUCUUAAAUAUAUUUUAUUUUAAAUAUUAUUUGGUAAAAGCAUGAUUUUUAGAGGUGUAUUCUUCCUCUCACCUAUGAGCAUUAAAGAUACUAAGGAAAGUUUAACCUUAAGUUUCAUGGGCUGUGUAUAAGGCAGUCCUUUUGUGUAAGGCAGUCCUACUGUGUAUAAGGCAGUCCUACUGUGUCUUAAAGGCAGUCCUACUGUGUAUAAGGCAGUCCUACUGUGUAUAAGGCAGUCCUAUUGUGUAUAAGGCAGUCCUACUGUGUAUAAGACAGUCCUACUGUGUAUUAAAGGCAGUCCUACUGUGUAUAAGGCAGUGGUACUGUGUAUAAGGCAGUCCUACUGUGUAUAAGGCAGUGGUACUGUGUAUAAGGCAGUCCUACUGUGUAUAAGGCAGUCCUACUGUGUAUAAGGCAGUGGUACUGUGUAUAAGGCAGUGGUACUGUGUAUAAGGCAGUGGUACUGUGUAUAAGGCAGUCCUACUGUGUAUAAGGCAGUGGUACUGUGUAUAAGGCAGUCCUACUGUGUAUAAGGCAGUCCUACUGUGUAUAAGGCAGUCCUACUGUGUAUUAAAGGCAGUCCUACUGUGUAUAAGGCAGUCCUACUGUGUAUAAGGCAGUGGUACUGUGUAUAAGGCAGUCCUACUGUGUAUAAGGCAGUGAUACUGUGUAUAAGGCAGUGGUACUGUGUAUAAGGCAGUCCUACUGUGUAUAAGGCAGUGGUACUGUGUAUAAGGCAGUCCUACUGUGUAUAAGGCAGUCCUACUGUGUAUAAGGCAGUCCUACUGUGUAUUAAAGGCAGUCCUACUGUGUAUAAGGCAGUCCUACUGUGUAUAGGGCAGUGGUACUGUGUAUAAGGCAGUCCUACUGUGUAUAGGGCAGUCCUACUGUGUAUAGGGCAGUCCUACUGUGUAUAAGGCAGUCCUACGGUGUAUAAGGCAGUGGUACUGUGUAUAAGGCAGUCCUACUGUGUAUAAGGCAGUGGUACUGUGUAUAAGGCAGUCCUACUGUGUAUAAGGCAGUUCUAUUGUGUAUAAGGCAGUCCUAUAAACAGAGUGUUUUAGCUCAGCUCAGGAAAAUGAACCUCUUUAAGUUGUGUCCCCUCCUGACAGAUUGCUAGGCAUGGCUUGCUUCUAACUAUGAGUUCUGGAUGAGCAGCCGAUGGAAUGUUCUCUGUAAUCAGAAAUCAGUAUGUCUCCAUGUGUACUGGCUGGUUUUGUGUCAACUUGACACAGCUGGAGUUAUCACAGAGAAAGGAGCUUCAGUUGAGGAAAUGCCUCCAUGAGAUCCAACUGUAAGGCAUUUUCUCAAUUAGUGAUCAAGGGGGAAAGGCUCCUUGUGGGUGGGACCAUCUCUGGGCUGAUAGUCUUGGUUCUAUAAGACAGCAGGCUGAGCAAGCCAGAUGAGGCAAGCCAGUAAAGAACAUCCCUCCAUGGCCUCUGCAUCGGCUCCUGCUUUCUGACCUGCUUGAGUUCCAGUCCUGACUUCCUUGGUGAUGAACAGCAGUAUGGAAGUAGAGAGAAACUCAAGCUGAACCCUAGCAGGAACCAGCAAGUGUAUGUGAGAAAAGUCAGGACGAGAAGAGAAGAGUGGGAGAGGAGGAAAAUGGGCAUUGAAUUCAUGAGUGACGCAAAGAGGCUGGAUCAGGCAGGGAGCGCCAAGGAAGACGACACCAGGCCAAGAGGGUCUCACACAUCCGAUGUCACCGAUUAUUCUUAUCCUGCUACUCCCAACCAUGCUUUGCAAGCACAGCCGGCGACACCCUCCUACACAGCUGGCGAUGCACCACUGCAUGGGACCACAAACCAAGGCGCUGAGCACGAGUACCGACCGUCGUCUGCCUCGGCAAGGCACAUGGCCCUGAACAGACCUCAGCAGCCACCGCCACCGCCUCCUCCCCAGGCGCCGGAGGGGUCCCAGGCCUCUACGUCAGUGGCUCCAGCCGACUAUGGGAUGCUUCCAGCACAGAUAAUUGAAUACUACAGCCCCUCAGGACCGCCACCACCUCCCCCUCCACCCAUGAUUCCCUCAGCACAAACUGCCUUCGUCAGCCCUCUCCAGAUGCCCACACAGCCCCCGUUCCCUGCCUCAGCCGUCUCCACAUACCCCACUCCUCCUCACCAGCCCUCCACUGGGCUCCUGGCCACAGCACCACCACCCCCAGGUCCCCCACCUCCUCCACCUGGUCCUCCUGGCCCCUCCUCCCUAUCAUCGUCCCCAAUGCAUGGUCCCCCUGUGGCUGAGGCAAAGCGCCCAGAGCCUGCACAGCCACCCAUAAGUGAUGCGAGAAGUGACCUCUUGGCUGCCAUCCGGAUGGGAAUCCAACUGAAAAAGGUGCAGGAGCAACGCGAGCAGGAAGCCAAGCGGGAGCCUGUCGGGAAUGACGUGGCCACCAUCUUGUCUAGACGCAUUGCUGUGGAGUACAGCGACUCAGACGACGACUCUGAGUUUGAUGAGAAUGACUGGUCUGACUGAGGCACAAGGGCCAGGCGACCAGUGGACAGCCAGGGCCCCAUAUGCAAGUGUGUUAGGAGCUCCUGUGCUCUCUGCACCCUCACAGUGGUAUUUCCCUGUAGCUUUAGUCCCUUUUGUAUUAACAGUGUGAUUUGCUUCUGCACAUCCUUCUGGAUUUGUUGAGUAUUUACUGUGUAAUACUUAAGUGCCACAGAACACAGCACACCGUGCUGCACACCAGGAAACUCGCAGUAUUAGUGCAUCACCCUGGAACAGCAUCUUGCUUCCCUCUCAGCCGUGAGAGUCCCCUCUCCUGUCCAUCCUGAUUUGGUGGGCUUGCCACGUAUCUGCGCAGCUGCCCCACGUCAGCUCUCUGCAAGAUCACUGGCUGUGUGUCUCAGUGAUGUCUUCCAACCAGUGGGUGAUACGUUUUCCUGUUUCUUCCCUUUGCAAAUUGAAUUCCAGGUAGAUAUGGUUGUAGAGGGGAAAGUUUAACAAAUCAGAAUGAAAUGUUUGUCUGUUUGCACACUGGGCCUGGUGGCCUCCAAGGAAAUGUGUACGAUCGUUUGCUUUCUCUAUCUUGGCGCUUGCAACCGAGAGCGGCCAUUUUUAUGAGGGGAGCCCUGUGGGUACUCAUGUGGAAAGUGCCCACUGACUUUGGCAGAUGGAGUUCACUUUCAUGGCUAGCCCUGAUAGCGUUGGGCACCAGUUAGCCAGGCCAUGUUCAAGCUGCCUAGAGUCUGCAGAGCUUGCAUGGCAGAGCGGCCGCAUCUGGUUCCCUCCUACUCCACCCAGUGGAAAAGAGACCUCCACGUUUUAUUUUCUGGGAUCCCUGCUCCUCUGUUCACCAGGGAGUGAGCACAGGUCAGCACCUCACCCCCCUUGCUCUGAAUCAUGGAAGCUUGGCUUUAGCUGAGAGAUGCCACCAGCUGUUCACAACCCAUGGUGCUGUGGCUAGAUUCCUGCUCAGUCUCUCAAACAGGGCCACACCCCUCCUGAAGCACAGCUCUCUUCUCUCCUGUUGUCGGCACAUUUUCAAUUUUAAAAAGUACCUCACAAGAUAAACUUGAUUCAGCCAGUUGCCCGGGCAGAGACCUGACUUCCCCUCUCCUGCCCUGAUCCUUUUUACCAAAUGGCGAUUCCAUAGUCCUGGCUGAGGCAGGGGCUCAAAGUCCAGUGUCUGCUUUGCAAUUCUGGAAGGACAGCUGCUUAUUUAAAUAAGUCUGUGAUAUCCGCAGGCUUGGGUUACAGGGAGGACCUUGCAGAGGGACCAGGACACUGCCUUCCCUUAGGUGCAUUAUUUACGUGGCCUGCAGCUCUUAAUAUCUCUCACUGUUUAUGAAAAGAAAGAUUCAGAUCCGGGGUGACAUUGUGUCAGUUGACAGGGAAUGCCUGUGGGAUAAUUAAAAAUGGUUUUUGCUCAUGAGUUUGGGAUGUCACCCAGCCGCCCACAUCGCCUGCUAUGUGUGUGGACGCCUGUCCGCUUGGCCAGCUAUCCUGUAACACCUGCCAGUAGUAGGUUUUCCUCAUGUCACUAUGACAGUGAAAGCCCAUGUGCAAGCCCCUCCCUACGCCCUGCUUUGGCGUGUGUCUGAGUGCUCUGUGCUGCGCCAUGGCCAUCCUGGAGCCUGCGCACACGUGGCCGCUGCUGUGACUCGCUGUCCUUGGUAAUUGGUGAGAGGCUUUUUCUUUCUUUCUCAGUUCUGCUUUUCCACACUGAGACCCACCAUGUUGACAUCAUCCUCGCGACGUUGACAUUUGAGCCUUUUGUUCUGUCUCCCAUGUGCCCUGUAGAACCCAGCACUCAUGUUUGGCAAAACUUUUUUUGGUAAGGUCCUUAUGCUCUCAGGGUGGAGGGAAGACAUUAAAGCUACGCAGCCAUUGUCAGGAUUUUUUCUACUGAUGUCACAUCAGAAUAUAACUAGUGGCUCCUUACUCACAAAUGUUCACGAGCUUCUCCGUUGUCACUUGUCCUGUAGUUUUGCCAACAAGUUAAUUUUAGUUUGAUUUUAUAGCUAGAGAGAAAGCUUUUGCCCGUUGCAUUCUGUAACCUUCAAAAGAAUGAGAAACGACUAAAAUCCAAUUCAGAUUAUUUUUAGAGAUUCUUUUUGGCAAAUUUGAUUUAGUCUAAAAUUUAAAUUCAAGUUGCUUGAAUACUUUACAAAACGAGAACAAAGUAAAAAGUUUAGAUUUUUGAUUUCCACUUUUUUUUUAAAAAGUACUAAAACAAAUGGAGAGCAGACAUAGUAGCAUAUUUGACUUCUACACAUUUCAUGCUUAUACUUAAUCUACAGAUCGCAAGGUUGUUUUAUAUUAUCCCCUUAUAGUGUUCCAUGUGUAUUGUAGCUGAGUUUCAGAUACGGUAUUUUCUCAUAGUGUAAACUCAGGCAGAUGAAUAGCUGGAGAGUGGGUGGAUGGAUGGGUGAGUAUAUGGGUAGAUAAAUGGAUGAGUGGAUGGGUGGGUUAGGUGGGUAAGUAGCUAGGUGGAUGGGUGGGUGGAUACAUGGAUGAGUGGAUGGGUGGAUUGGUGGGUGAGUGGAUAGGUGAAUGGAUGAUAGGUGGUGGAUGGUUGAGUGGGUGGAUUCAUGAUGGAUGGAUGGAUGGAUGGAUGGAUGGAUGGAUGGAUGAGUGGAUGGAUAAUAGGUUGAUGGGUGGAUAGGUAGAUGAGUGAAUAGAUAGAUAUAGAUCAGUGGGAGGAUUGGAAAGUAGGUGAAUGAAUGGAUGGCAGAUAGAUGGAUCAAUUACAGAUGGAUGGAUGCAUGGAAUAGAUAGGUGGAUGGGUGGUGGCUAGAAGGUGCCUGAGUCUGCACAUCACUGCACUGAGAAGGCAAAUGAGUACAUUAUACUAUUAGCACCAAACCCCAAGCUUCAGUAUUUAGAUUUUAUUUACUAAGAUGCUAUUAGAAGUUGGAUGUUUUCAUCCCAGUACAUUUUUAACACAUCAAAUCAUUUAUGAGCAUAGGAUGAUGAGGGUGUGAAAGCUUUGUAAUAUUUUCAGCAGAAAUGCGUGAUACAUUUGAAUCCAUUGAGGUCUGGAGGGAGGGUAUCAGCCAGAGUAGCAAGGCGGUUUUGUUUAUUUGUUUGUUUUUUUGUUUGUUUGUUUUAUGAAGGAGAGUAUCUGUUAUCUUGCAGUAUUAUCAAUGCAGUUGUAAAUUGAAUCUAAAGUGGUAUUUAAAACUGUCAAACAAUUUUUAAUCUGUUUGUAUAUCUUAUUAUAGAUCACAAGUAACAUCUAAAUAAAAUUACACGUGUAACCCUA